AUGAUUUUCAAUGCUGAUGAAUUCGGCUUGUUCUACCAGAUGCUUCCAACAAAUACCUAUCAUGCCAAAGGUGAAAGAUGUGCUGGUGGAAAGUUCAGCAAAGUUCGUUUAACAGGACUUGCAGCAGGAAAUGCCCUAGGUGAAAAUUUGCCCAUGUUCGUUAUCGGAAAAUCGGUUACACCGCGCUGUUUCAAAGGAGUCAGAAGUCUUCCCUGUCAGUACAAAGCUCAAAUGAAGGCCUGGAUGGAUUCUGAAAUCUUUACCGAUUAUGUGAAAAAACUCGAUGUUAAAUUUGAAACUGCGGGUCGAAAGAUUGUCUUGAUAAUUGACAAUUGCCCAGCUCAUCCAGAAGUCACUGGUCUUAAAGCAGUAGAAUUAGUUUUUCUACCACCAAAUACAACGUCUAAGACCCAGCCCAUGGAUCAAGGUGUAAUCCGAGCAUUGAAGGCAUAUUACCGGUCAAAUCUUGUGAAACGUCAAAUAAAGUUCAUUGACGGCGGUAAAGAGGUCCCUAAAAUUAACAUUCUUAAAGGGAUGCAAAUCUUGGUCAAAUCAUGGGACGCUGUUUCAAAAGACACAGUUAAAAACUGCUUUAAGAAGGCAGGCAUCUCAAAAGAAGCACAGAUCACGAGUCUCAAUGAUGCUGAUGACCCAUUUAAAUCUCUUUCUGACAGCAUAAGAGAGUUGAAAAAAAGAGAAGUUGACGGCGACAUCUUUAACGCAGAUGAUUUUGUGGAUAUUGAUUUUGAGGUAUGCUUGAGUAAAUCAAUUGAAUUGACUGAUGAGGAAAUCGUGGAAAUCGUACUUAAUGAGGACAAAGAUCAAAACGCGCCGAAUCUCGAAGAUGACGAUAAUGAUGAAAUUGAGGCACAUGACAUCCCCCCGAAGAAGCCAAAGCAGUCAGAGUUGGAAGAGGCCUUAGAAUUGUUGGAAAGAUGGUCUUUGUUUGCGAGAAUGGUCUUGAAAUCAGAAAGCAGUUAA